AUGAUACCUGCACUUGGAGGAGCCGGAGGCUGGGCAAACUGGAGUUUGACUGUAGUCAUUUCUAUCGCAUGCACAGUUGCUACUGGAGCAGUUGUGGUUGCUGCUACAUCGAUGCUGCUGAGAGACCACAACCAAACAGUUUUACGCAACGAGUUCAAGUUGCGUUACCGCAAAGUCAAGGCCUUGUUGCGAGCCAUCGAAACAGAGUUUUUUCAGAUCCUUCCACAGAUACUGAUGGUUGAGGCUGCUUCUACCCAAUCGACUAUGGCUGCUACAGUAAAUCUAUUGAUGGCUAUAUCUCCUGCUGCAGAGACUCCUGUAUCUUUAUCAGCUAGUUUGGCCUCUUCUCAGCCAAGCAACUACAAUGAUGAGAUCAGCGACAGCAGUUGUGUCCUUGUCAAUCCUGACUGUUCUACUCUGCUGUCUGCUACUAAACCUGAACCCUCUACUACCGUAUCAAAGCCUGCGUCUAUGGGAGAAGCCCUUCCUGUCCAAGUCAUGCCUCUCUCCCCUCUUCCUGACAGUCCCAAUGCUGUGGCUGGACUGAAUGCAAAACUGUCAUCACCUGUCUGCAGACAAACCAUGUCUGCAAGCUCUGCCAUGGGCAAAACAGCAUCUUCAUGCUUACAAAAACCAUCUCACGAGGGAAUCAGAAACAUAGGGCUUGCUGAUCCAUUCGUCUCUAAACAAUCCACUCAUACCAGUCUGUCAAAUUCGAUCGGAGAAAUGCCAUUAACAUUACCACAGUUGACAAAAAAACUUGCUAUGCUUGAUGAUCAAAUUAUGCGCAUGCUGGAGCGACUGGACGACAUCAAGCCUUUUGCACUCGCACCGCCAGGCCUUGUUUUGGAAUCUCAGCAGAGUCGCAUUCAGCUGCAAUCCUCGCUUGCUGCUACUCAUAUCACAGCAUCCUCAUCACAACCUGCGGCAGUAGUCGCAGGCAUGGCUGUAGCAGCUCAAAAUGCAUUCUUGCUAUUACUAGAUGCUUUUGGAGCAGGAACUGUUAAACCUGAACUGCUGCAUGCAGCAUCGUUAAAUGCAUCAAGCCUGGAUCAUUUAGAAACCACCAAUGUUCAACUGGAUACCAAGACACAUCGUGUAAUUAUGGAUGGCAUUGAUGUGGUUGCUAGAUCUAAAAAUAUCCUGUCAAAAACACUACACGAAGCGUUGGGUCGGAUUGAUCGAGCAUGCGAUACUGCUGGCAUCGCAAAGUAA